AUGGAGCCUUCAUUUUCCUAUGCAUCUGGAUACUUUGUGGCCAUUCUGCUCAUACAGAUGGUGCUCACCUCAGAGCAAUUCACUGUGAAUACCCCCAGCAGACACCAGGUGGUCAUGGUAGGUGAACAUGCUGAGCUCAGCUGCCAGCUGUUCCCCCCACAGAGUGCAGACCACAUGCAGGUGGGCUGGUAUCGAGAUCACUAUCAACCGGUUUCCAUUUACAAGAAAGAGGACGAACUCUCCGGAGCAAACAUUCAUAACUAUGAGAAUCACACAGUGAUCCUGAAAGAGGCCUUGGGAGAGGGCAAAAUGACCCUCAGAAUCUACAAAGUCAGUGUUUUUGAUGGGGGACAGUACCACUGUUUUUUUAAAGAUGGUGAUACCACUGAAGAGGCCACUGUGGAUCUGAAGGUAGCAGCUCUAGGCUUAGAUAUACAGAUUAAUGUUCAGGUUUAUGACACAAAAGAGCUCAUUGUGGAGUGUAACUCAGGAGGGUGGUUCCCACAAGUCCAAAUGGAGUGGAGAGACAGCAAAGGGAAUGUAAUUCCAGCCUCAUCAAAAAUCUUCUCUGAGGAUAGAGACGGAUUAUUGCACCUGAAGAUGAGUGUUCUUCUCCAAAACAGCACCCAUGGUCCUGUCACUUGCUGCUUGCUUAACCCAGUUACUGGUCAAGAGAAAAGGGCAGGUAUUCUCUUACCAGAUAUCCUGUUAAAAUCGGAGUAUAGGUCAACAAUAUCCAGCAUAAAUUCAUGGGUCUUCGUAUAUUUAAUCAUUGUGCAUGCUCUUCUGUGUUUCAGAUCAAAAGUUGUGCGAGAUAAAUAUCCUAUUCUUUUUGAAAUUGUGUUUGAGUGUUUACCAAUCCUGAUGCAUGCUAGCAUCCUGCCUGUCUACUGGAAAUUAUGGAAUAGAGUCUCUAUUUUGGAUGGCUUAGCCCCAUUCUAUAGUAGUUGGAUGUAUGAUAUGUUUGUGAUCCUGACCACACUGAUCAUAUUUUUCACCAUACUCAUUUUUUCCCUAUUUUAUACCCUGAAAGGUAAGUGA